AUGAUGAGUGACAAACCUCAAGUCUCUACGACUAACUCAGAUGAAAUUAUGACUUUGAAUACACAAGGUGGUGGUCAUGGUCAGCUUCUUGCUGCCAAAAACUCACGCCUUGGCAUAGAUUGUGUUGCUAAGCCAUUAUUCAAGCAUGAGAAUCAUUUUUAUCGUGUUAUGUCUAAGACACCACUUGUAGAUUGCCUUCCCCAAUACUGCGGUAAGACUGUCUACAAUGGAAGUGAAUAUCUACUUAUAGAGGAUUUAACAGCAGGCAUGACUAGCCCUUGCAUAGCAGAUCUUAAGCUUGGAACACGCUCUUUCGAGAUCGGUGUUCCCGAAAGCAAAAGAUUGAAGCAAUUACAGAAUAUGUCACGUUCGACAUCUCCAAAAUACGCAGUUCGUGUUAUAGACGUAUCGCUGCGUAAGAACGGAUCAAUAGUAAAGCGUUGGGACCGCAAUUACGGCAAGAAAGCUUCCCUUAACUCAUUAAUUGACACAUUAAACAAAUUUAUCCCAACAAACAGAAGAGAAGAGUUCAUAGCUAAAGUAGAAAACGUCAUAAACAAGCUUACCAUUGCCAAAGAGAUGUACCCAGGAAGCCGCCUCUAUUCAGCUUCUCUUUUGGUAUGUUAUGACUCAGAUAGUCCAAAUUCACCAAUGCGUGUUGUUUUGAUUGACUUCGCUCAUGCCUACUGCGACAUUACUAAGAGCGGAGGAAAACUCGAUGCCAGAGAAUUUGAUGAUAAUACUCUUCUCGGAUUGAGAAAUAUAGUCCAUAUCUUCAACAGCCCUAACGAAAUUGAAGAAAGGACAAACUUGUAA